UGAAUUCUCGCGAGAGGAGGUGAGAUUCAACAUGGCGGCGCCCUGCUGCUGAAAUUCUUUCCUGUUCCUGAAUACUGUACUUAUUUAAAAACAAACUCAAUAUCGCCGAAUUUCUUAUAAGUGGCUGAACCCUGGCAGUUCGUGGACAAAUCCUUUGCAGACUAUAUUAUGGCGGACGCUUGUAAAUCCGAAGAUUCAGCUACACCCGAGAAACAGGAAAAAGACGACUCUACAGACACGGAGGAUGUAAACACAAGCCCGGUCCAGAGUGAAACGUCAUCGUCCGGGUUCCAUCAUGCUAAAAAACAUGACAAGGGGAUUCAUGCAGAAAUGGGCAAGGAUAUAAUUUACUACUGCUCACUGUGUGGAAAGAGCUUUACUAGAAAGGGUCAUCUUAAACAGCACCACCUGAUCCACACAGGAGAAAAACCACAUCAGUGCUCGCAGUGUGGGAAGACAUUUAUACAGAAAAGCAACCUCAAAAAGCACCAGCGCGUUCACACCGGAGAGAAGCCGUACGAAUGCUCGCAGUGCGGGAAGAGUUUUACACGCCACAGCCCUUUUAAAAACCACCAGCGCAGUCACACCGGAGAGAAACCGUAUCACUGCUCACCGUGCGGGAAGAGUUUUACACUACAGAGUUCUUUUAAAAGACACCAGCUCAUUCACAACGGAGAGAAGCCGUAUUACUGCUCGGAGUGCGGGAAGAGUUUUACACGACACAGUAAUUUAAAAAGCCACCACCGUAUUCACACCGGAGAGCAGCUGUAUUGCUGCUCGCAGUGCGGGAAGAAUUUCCGAGAAUUGGAGACUUUAAAAACCCACCAGCUCAUUCACACGGGAGAGAAGCCACAUUACUGCUCCGAGUGUGGGAUGAGUUUCAGAGAGUUAAGCCAUUUAAAAACACACCAGCGCAUACACACCAGAGAGAAGCCGCACUAUUGCUCGCAGUGUGGGAUGAGUUUCAGAGAGCUGAGUCAUUUAAAAACACACCAGCGCGUUCACACGGGAGAGAAGCCACAUUACUGCUCCGAGUGUGGGAUGAGUUUCAGAGAGUUGAGUCAUUUAAAAACACACCAGCGCAUUCACUCAGGAGGGAAGCCAUAUUACUGCUCGCAGUGUGGGAUGAGUUUCAGAGAGUUAAGUCAUUUGAAAACACACCAGCGCAUUCACACACAAGAGAAGCCACAUUACUGCUCACAGUGUGGGAUGUGUUUUAGAGAAUUGAGUCAUUUAAAAACACACCAGCGCAUUCACACAGGAGAGAGGCCGUAUCGAUGCUCACAGUGCGGGAAGAGUUUUAAACAACACGGAUCUUUUAAGGCACACCAGCGCAUUCACACGGGAGAGAAGCAAUAACACGACACGCAGGAGCGAAACCUCGUUACCGCCCACGGCGUGUGAAAUGCUUUUGCGUCGGUGUAAUAAGGAAGUAAUCGGCUCAUUUACACGGAACAGACGCCGUACACUCGCGUUGCGGGUGUUUUACGUUAUUCAUGUGUUGAAGUGAUAGGAAAUGACUAUCCUAUCCUAAGCUAAAUGUAAGCUAAAGAGCAGGAAGACCUGGCACAGGCAGAAGGCUAACGUGUUAACAGAACAGCGCAAUCAGAAAUAAGUUUAUGGUUUAACGAUCAUUUAUAUACGAAGAAAUUACGAGUCAUGUAAAUAGGUAUCAUUUUCGAAGAGGCACCUGUCGGGGUCGCUCUUUUCAGUGGCUGGAUCUAAAGUGUUGUUUAGAGUAUAUCAUGUAUCUCAGUGAAACUGUUCAUUUACAACUUAUUAUAAAUUUAAAUAAAUAAUAAAUAAUCGAUUGGCUAUCAUUAGAACGAAUCAAAUUCAUGAUUCUGAUUUGAUGAGCUACAGUAGUUAUUCUGUUCAUUCUGACUGUUUAGAAUAACGUAUGCAAUCAUCCCUAGUUACAGAAAAUGUUUCUGUAAUAAAAUAAUGAUUAAACUAUAAGAAUAAUAUAGUUUUAUUUAUUUAUUUAUUCAUCUUUAUAAUAGCUUGCAGCAGACACCGGUCCAAAUGUUUUUUUUUUAAAUGUUUGCGUAGGCCAAAAAAACGAACGUAACAUUUUUCGUCAUCGUGUGAAUUUGCUGAUAAAUAGCAAACACACAUCAAAUACUGGGUAUAUGGAAGGCACAGCUGAUUUCCGUGCAAACAAAACUCCAUGAAAGGUUAAGCUCAUGGAGCGGAACGGACAAAAUGACUACCGAAUGGCCAAAAAAAAAAAAGAAGUUGUUCCCAGAGGCAGAAGUGGAAAUAAUUAGAUGUGUGCCUAUAAGAAUUUAAAAAUAUAUAUAAUGUUUAGCAGUGUAAUAGUCACAGAAACUGAAAUGGGCAAAAUAUGGAGGAAAAACCAAAAGUAUACACCGAUGCUGUCUUGGAAAACAGGACAUUAUGCCUGGAGCGGUGGAGGACAUUGUAACAACUCUAAGAGACAUGAGUUCAGGUUCAAGUUUAAAGCAAAUAUGCCAUUCGCUUAGGGCUGAAGGAGGAUUGUGAUGUAUUUGGGAACAAGCUGGAUUGUGAACAGUAGGAAGUAUACGGAAAAUUGUAGGUUGUGACAUACCAGAUCACUCCCUUAUCGCUUUUGCCAGUAGUAAGAAAUCCAGUCAGGGGCAAAACUUGGCCAUACACAGGUAUGGCAGAGGAUCUUUUUGUCAGUGAAAUUAGUGCUGGAUCUAAAGUGUUGCACUGCAUUAAAAGAGGAUGCUGUGGCAAACAGGACUGAUGUAUAACCCAGCUUUCAUCCUGCUAAAAAAAAAAAAAUCAGCAUACUGGUCUCUAAAUAUCCUUUCUCUCCUGUGCUAACUCUUCCAGUAAUAUUAUUUCUGCCAUUUGCACCACCUGCACUUAUAUCUACCAUAUGCACAGAGCAGCCUGCCCUCCUUUGAUAUGGUGGCAUGUACUCUUAAUUCAAUGACUUAUCUGUCUUAAAAAGUAUUUGGGUUGGCUUGCUUUUUUGCUUUAUUUUAUUUUUUUAUUUUUUUUUUAGAUUUAAUGUUUCAUUAAUGGCAUUUAAUGUUAGUCUAAAAUGUUUAAAUGUUGAAAUAUCUCAUAAUGAAAAAAAAAAAUGGUAAGAAGUGAGUCUCCUGUUUUGAAUAUUUCUCUUCUGAAUGCAGUGCAAUAAUUAAACGAUUUAUUUCAUGGAAGGCCUUUGACAUUCACUUGGAGUUUUCCAAAACAUUUAAUCCACAUGGAUGUUUCAGAAUAAACACACUUUGAGAUAUCAAUUAUCAGUAAUAUUACUAUAUCAGAGAAUGACAAGAGCUGCAGGGGUAGGGGGAAAUCCUUAUGUUAUGUACAUAUGGUGUAUGUAACUUCACCAAUGUAGCCCCAUGCCAGUUG